AUGGGUCGACUUUUACCGCUUUUCCUGGGUGUCUUCAGCACGCUACAUAUUCUCGGGGUUUCUGCGCAAACAGCCCCAGCAUGUGUUGAAACCUGCACGAAUGAGGUCCGAAAUAAAUUCGCAGAUUUAAAGUGCUCGGAUGCCAAUGCUGCACCUUGCUUCUGCACGAACCCAACGUUUUCUGCCGCCAUUCUCGAGUGCAGCAAGCCGCAAUGUCAAGCAACCGCCGACAACGUCUUCACUUAUCUCACGUCGCAUUUCUGUGUCGGCCAGCCACUCCCUAAGCCUGAUAAUACAGCUGCUCCGAGCUCCGAGGCCUCGCAAACGCCAACUCCAUCAGCCCAUGCUACCACCAGCACAUCGGCUGUGCCCGAGCCCUCGUCUUCUGCAAUCUCCUCUUCUACAACUGCUACCCCAGCCGCAACGACUUCGAUGAGCACCGAGUCGACCCCCACUUCUGCUACCGUCGAAACAACUGGCACACCUACAAAAUCGUCCUCGCCGUCUUCAACCUCAGACAGUGCUGCGAGUGCUACUUCCUCCAGCGCUGCUACAGAGGGCUCUUCAUCCAAAGGUCUAUCCCAAGCGGCAAUUGCUGGAAUUGGUGUCGGCAUAGGUGCUGCUGUCAUUGCUAUUGCCGGCAUUGUUAUUUGCAUGCUGCUCAAGGCCCGAAGACGCAAGCCAGGUCGCAAUGGCCACAACAGGGAUAUUUCGAAGCCACUUCCUGGACCUGACAGGAUGUAUGCUCAGCGCAACACCAGCUUUAGACGCAACCGGGACCACUCUAUGGAAAAGUUCGGCAAUGAUCUUGAAAUGACCUCCCACCGUUAUGAAGACAUGGUGCCCCGGACCCAGCCUAGGACCUUGGUGUAA